AAACCAUAUCUCCAUGGGAUUAAAAACAACAUUUACAUUACGCUGCUGCGCUUCUUCGCCCUCAGAUUCUUCCACCUCCCAAAGACCCAAUCACAGAUCCAACACAAUGCCUUCCCAAAUCAGGGUUCCGAUCAUCGGCGUCUGUUAUCCUCUCCCGCCUUCCCGAAUUUAAGAUCAGCGCCGCGAAUUUCUAGAAACUUUCCUUUCCUCGAUUAGGUUCUCCAGUGACGCCGUAUUAUCUCAUCAGUUGACCUUCCCCUUUCAUCGCCAGAUCGUUCCGUGUUCCGAGUUAGGCCUCGUUAUCAGGUUCUGGUGUUCAUGAAUUUCAGCUCUCGUUGUAGAUCGUGAUUUGGGCUUCUAGGGUUUCGAUUACUGGUGCCUUGGGUUUGUGAAGAAUCUUCGAAUCGAUUGAGAAGUUUGUUAGGGAUUGAGUUUCUGUGGAUUGUAAACUAUAUAAACAAACACAGGGGAUGUUUGGUUCUACAGUGGAUACAAGCCGUGGGAACAGCGCUGCCUCAGGGCAGCAGCAGCUUCUUACUCCGACUCGCUUCGUGUGGCCUUAUGGAGGUAGAAGGGUCUUCCUUAGCGGAUCUUUCACCAGGUGGACAGAACAUGUUCCAAUGUCGCCACUUGAGGGCUGCCCUACUGUUUUUCAAGUCAUUUGCAACUUGACUCCGGGUUAUCAUCAGUAUAAGUUUUAUGUUGAUGGGGAAUGGCGGCACGAUGAGCAUCAACCAUUUGUAAACGCAAAUGGUGGAGUAAUGAAUACGAUAUUUAUAACUGGACCAGAUAUGGCUCCUGCUGCUUUUAGCCCAUCGAAUAUGGAUGUGGAUGAUUUCUCCCAGAGAGUGGCUGAUCCUUCCCAGGAUUCUAUACCUAGGAUGUCAGCGGUUGAUUUGGAUAUGUCCCGUCACCGUAUAUCUGCUUUGUUGUCAAACCGCACUGCAUACGAGCUGCUCCCUGAAUCGGGCAAGGUUAUUGCAUUGGAUGUGAAUUUACCAGUAAAGCAAGCAUUCCAUAUACUCUAUGAGCAGGGAAUCCCUUUGGCUCCUCUGUGGGACUUUGGUAAAGGCCAAUUUGUUGGAGUUCUUGGUCCAUUGGACUUCAUUCUAAUACUGAGAGAGCUUGGAACGCAUGGAUCCAACUUGACAGAAGAAGAGCUUGAGACGCACACAGUAGCAGCCUGGAAAGAGGGGAAGGCUCAUAUUAGCAGACAAUAUGAUGGAAUUGGGAGACCGUAUCCUAGGCCACUUGUUCAGGUUGGGCCCUAUGAUAAUCUGAAAGACGUUGCCCUGAAAAUUUUGCAAAAUAAGGUGGCAGCCGUUCCAGUUAUUUAUUCUUCUCUGCAGGAUGGGUCAUAUCCGCAGUUACUGCAUCUUGCUUCGCUAUCAGGCAUAUUAAAAUGUAUAUGCAGAUACUUUAGACAUUCGUCUAGCUCUUUGCCAAUCCUUCAGCAGCCCAUUUGUUCAAUUCCCCUGGGUACUUGGGUUCCUAGAAUCGGAGAAUCAAGUAGCAAACCUCUCGCUACAUUGAGACCACACGCUUCUUUGGGUUCUGCGCUCUCGUUAUUAGUUCAAGCUGGAGUUAGUUCAAUUCCUGUAGUGGAUGACAAUGACUCGCUUAUUGACAUAUACUCUCGAAGUGACAUAACUGCCCUGGCUAAAGAUAAGGCAUACGCACAGAUUCAUCUUGAUGACAUGACCGUUCACCAGGCGCUGCAGUUGGGGCAAGAUGCGAGUCCGCCUUACGGAAUCUUCAACGGGCAGAGAUGUCACAUGUGCUUGCGCUCAGACUCUCUUGGUAAAGUGAUCGAGCGGUUAGCGAAUCCAGGGGUAAGGAGGCUGGUGAUAGUGGAAGCAGGGAGCAAACGUGUUGAAGGUAUCAUAUCUUUGAGUGAUGUUUUUCGAUUCCUGCUCGGUCUUUGACUUCCUACAACGACAAACCUGUGCUACCUCCGAACUCUCUUUUCUCAUUUCCUCGAAGCAAACUAUCCAACAAUUUGCUUAUUUUUCUUUUAUUGUUGUGCUUUUUUUUGGGCAAGGAAUCAUGUAAAUUUUCUACGAACUUGUUUCAUUGUUAUUUUUAUUAUUUUUAGUUGAACGGGUUUCCCAUUCUUGUGAAGGAUAUUAUUGGCUAUCGAAAUUAUUACUUAGUAGUACAUUUUUUCUCAGCUU